GCGCGAUCAGUCAGUUUCGAGUCGUCUGGGCGUGCAAAGCUUUUUCCCGUUGCGGUCCUGAGCGGCGUUAUAUAAAACUUCCCCGGGGGAAAAAACCGUUGCAAAUAUCCGCCGGAAACCGUGCGAUAGUGAACGGCGUUCGAUUUGGCCUCCGUUAUCGUGGACAGAUGGCACUGGAAAGUGCUUUCAAUUAGUUGGAAAACUCUUUGGGUUCGGCCGAAAGUGAAAAAAAGUUAUUUUUAUUAAUAUAGUGCUCCCGGGAAAUGUACUACGAGUUCAUAAGAUGAGUGGUAACGUACCGCACCGAGCACCAACGCCACCGGCCAUGGCAAACAAUCCAGCGUCUAGAUUUAGAGUGUCAAGAACUAUGCCUUCAUGGGUGACUGAUAGUAGCGAUCGGGUUGGUCCACCGCCACCAGCGCCACCGAUCAACGUCGAUCCUGAAUACGAAGUCAUUGACGUAGCAAAUCAACAAUAUUCCAACGCACCACCUCCGAUUCCUUUGAAGUCUCCAGACAUCAAACGCAUGACUGUCCUGAAAUGUGAUCUUUGUGGAUCAGUCACUCCUGCUGUGCGUUGUGUGCAAUGUGAUCAAAAUCUCUUUUGCGCAUCCUGCGACGAACGCUACCACCGUCAUCCAAAACGCCAAACACACGUAAGAACGCCCGUAGAGUUGCAAAGCCCAACCGCGGUAAAACCCCCGCUGCCGCCGAAAGGUGACGCUGGCACUAGUGGGCCCCUGCCGCCGCCCAGAAGAAACAAACGCCCCGGUAGUUUCAUCUUUUCUAGCCCGCUACUGGGACGCAAACAGGAUGCGGAACAGAGCAUCCCGACCACCGUUCCCCAGGGACCCGUGGGAAACCCCCCUCAAAAGCCGCCGCCACCGCCGCCCAGCCCAUCACUGUCACUGCGCGAGAAGAUGAACUCUCUCAAGCGUUUUAUCCAUCCAUCGAACAGACCGUUGCCAGAUCCUCCCGGCCAAAAAAUUCACUCAUCGAAUUCAUCGCUGGACACGAUUUCCAAGCACUCAUCAGUUGGCGCCCCCAUUCGUAGUGUUUCCAGUACAAUGGAGAAGAUUCAGAACAACACAGCUGCAACACUAGAUCGCAUGACGCUGCUCCAACAACGCUACCGACAGCACCAGGAAGCGAUGAAAGCCGACAGCGAUCGGAGCCGACGCGCGAGUGUUUCAUCGAAUAUAGAUCUACAGUCAUCAGGACAAAUUAUCCGCACAAAACCUCCUUUAAUUCCAACGACAAUACAUCAACAACAACAACUACAACAACAACAGCAGUUUCAUCAGCAACAUCACGCGCUUCAACAAAGAUGGAUCGAACCCCCGACACCCAGAAUAAGAUCUGGUAGUGUCGCUUCGGGCAUCAAUUUACUACCCGGUGUUUCCGCAGCAGUGUCUAAUCAAUGUAGUCCCCCUAGCAUUAAUCCACCGUUUGUGUCCUCCGUACAGCGCCCCGAUCUUGGAAACGCUCCAGACUCAGUGCCGCCGAAUCCCCGUAGUACCUCUGUAUUUAAUCUAAACCAUAUGCCGGUACACCAACCGAACAUGUGGGGAUUUUCUCCCUUGCAGCAGGCACAAUCGAUGGCGCACAUGAAUAUUAACCAGAUGCAGUGGAACCAAUCGAAUCCAUGGAUGGGUCAAUCGCACAAUGGUUCCAAUAUAAGCUUGAAUCUGCCAUCCUCUCAAAUGGGUCACUAUCCACACGAUCAAUCGGGUUAUCCACCUGGCUGGAAUAACAACUGGGGUGGCAUGUAUCCCUACCCGAUGGGGUUGAUGCCCAUGAUGCCUGGUAUGGGCAUGCCUCCAUCCAGGUCAAGAGCCCAUUCAAGAUCCCGGGCGGCGUCACCAGCGCUCAGCAUUAAGUCCAGAAAAUCCACCAUGUCAAUGCGUAAUUUACAGCGCAGUAGUUACAUCGACGAUUUGACGGACGACGAAGACUCUGAGGAAGAAAUUAUCCAGUCACGGGGGCGCCGAGAUCGCAGACAUCGGGUAGACUCCAGCAGCAGUCUAGACUUCGAUGAACCCGAGCCAGCACCGUUCGUGAGAGCUUCGAGUGUCAGACACUCAAGAUUUAAUCGUGAUCGCCGUGGUGGAUCUUCGGCUAGAUCACUGAUCGAUUAUCCAGUAAGUCAAAAACGAGACUCACAACGUCCGCGGUACGAUCGGGAAGCACUUCUACGUGAUCGUUUCGAUAAAAUGUCACUUUCGUCACCGAGAAAAUAUUCGGACUUUACUAACGAUUCUGACAAAGACUUAAAACAAGAGGGGCCAAUUCAUCCCCGGAUAAACAAAGAAAAUUUACAUUCGCCACGUAAAAUCACUUCCGACUCGUUGACCAACGAUUCCGAUGCAGAACAGGAAAGACGUCGACUUGUUAAACAACGAACUCCUAGUAGCGUUUCGUCACCUAGAAGGAUCGCUUCCGAUUCCUUGACCAAUGACUCCGAUAUCGACCAACAAAAGCGCAAACAACAACAGUCGCAGAAAACUAGCAAACCAAUGGCAUUGCCGCCUAAACGCCCCGAGUCAGACUCUGUUACGAAUGAUUCCGAACCGACACAACAGAAAGCCAAAAACAACGGCAACAGCAAACUUUCGGACGCUGAGAAAAGCAAACCGACAAAGGCCUCCAAGUCGGGGUACUCUACCCCCAAAAAGAUUCCGGCUGAGACUCACACCCCCGAAGCGGAUGGUGAACUAAAGCGUAGAUUCCAGUUUAAGAAAACGGUGAAGAAACAUUCGAGCACGGAGUUCAUUGCGAACGAUUCCGAUGCUGAGUUUGAACGUCGCAAACAAGAGAAAAACAAAAAUUCCAGUGCCAUCCAGCAAACCCAGGAGCCCGAACCACAAAAAGUACCAGACGAAGAAGAUUCAAAGGUCCAUAACAAAACGGUUGAACUGAAGAACCAAAUUAAUGAGUCCAAAUCAGAGCCCAUUACGUUCACCCUGAAAGAAUCACCACCUCCGAUUCCGGCAGCCGUUGCACCUGACUGCCAGUGGGAGUGUGCCUUCUGUACGUACGUUAACGAACCUGGUGUCAAGAUAUGCGCCAUCUGCUGCAAAACUGUACGCUCGGAAAGUGUUCCAGCCAAAGCAGACACGGAUAUUCCACGAUCGCCACCUCCGGAUGUAGUACAGGAACCACCUUUCGAAAAGCGCACCAUCCAGAGACCGAUUGACGACGUCAACAAGCCGUUGCAAUCUGCCAGAGACGGUGGCGACGCGAAGAAGAAAGACUAUGAUGAUGAAGAGGAAAUUGGUGAUGAAGACUCAAGUAAUAUUUAUGAAAAUUUUGUCGAGGAAAAUCCAUACGAAAAUCAUGAGGUCCCAAGCAAUUCCGUUGAUACAGCUAAAAGUUCGAUAAAUAGUGGUGAAAUUAGGCAAAAUCUAAACAGUGAAAUGAAUAAAGUGAUGAACAAAGUAGUGAAGGAAAAAGUUUCCACCGCUUGCGGUCCAUCCCCACCGCGCGACUCGAAACCACAGGUGAUAGGAACUUCAAAAGGAACUUCCCCUCUUCCGCAGGAUAUGUCCACCCAGACUUAUGACACCUUGGAGGGACUUCGAGCGAACGCCCAAUUCGACCAGGCUCCCGACCAGAACGAUCCCAUAGGCGAACUAAUAUCGGCACAAUCAGGCAUCAUCUAUGAACGAUCACACUCAGUCGCCACUGCUGCGCUACAACUGCUACAAGUGGCGAGUCCCCGCUCCGGUAGCCGACUAAGCUUCUCGAGCGAUACUCAGAGCGUUUUAACCGCAGCGUGUAAACCGCUAAACACCAGUCUGCGAAGGCGACAAAGUCUGCCACCGUCUCCGCACGAGCUGAGUCCGCAGCCACUGCACGUUCAGCAACAUGAACUCCCACAAUUCAUGCCACACCAUCCGGACGCAAACAUGUCCUACUUGGACCGCGCCAUUCAUCAAAUCAUUCAAACAGCUGCCAAGACCAACUUUAGUGCCGCCCGUCCACUUGACCAGAACAAGUAUCGGGCGAUGAGCGAUUUAAGUCGCAUCGAUAACAGCACGCCGACCCAUCCGACGCUCAACGAUCUACUGACGAAACGCCAAGCGCCAACAAACAGAAUGGGAGAUCAUUCCGAAGAUGCAACUCGGUUGAUGCAAGCUAUGAAGAUAGAUGAGACAAACAGUUCGGCAGGUACUGAAUUAAUAAACCUCCUAAAGGAAGCGGAGCACUAUAAGUUUACCGCUGAAGAGCUGCAGGCAGCUCUUGAACAUUGUAAGGAAAAGCAUCCGGUGCAAUGGCUUCGCGACAACUGGGUGAAACUGAUCGAUACAGUUCAAACUCUGGCCACUAAAUAUGGCCACGAAAAGAGGGAAAAUAUAAUUGGUACAAUAUCAAUGGUGGAGGCUCGUGAAGCUCUGCGCAAGCACAGGGGUAACAUUUGGCAUGCCAUUACAGAAUGUAUCGAGCAGCGUCAAGCAAAGUAUAAUGAAAUUGCCUCGAAAGGAAAUUACACAAGAGAAGAUAUCGUUACCAGUCUCACCGCCCAUCACGGAAAUCUAGAAUUAGCGAUGUUGGAGUUAAGCAAGACACAGUUGAAGCCCUUCCUCAUGCGCAUCUGGGGUCCUUCGAAUGGUGCCGAUAACGAUUCCGGUAACAUACUUCUGCAUCAAACGCUAAAAGAGGAUCGGAGUGGAAUCAGCAGCGAAAUUCAGGAAUUUAUCAGUGCCCACGUUGAAAAGGAAUUACUUCCCGAAGGUUCAACAAAUGGCUUUGAAGCGGUUGGUUCGGUAGAAGAGAACAUCGAUCACUCUCAAAUAAAUAGUAACCACAGUACAGUCACUAAUGGAAACCUGGAUAAGCCUGAUGGCACAGCCAAUGGCUGUGACUUGCAUUCUGCCGAAGAGGAGCCCAUUCCAUCGAACACGGCUAUUCUUAAGGACAUAGAAAAACUGAUCGAUCAAAUGGAAAAGAACCAGGCCAAUCAGAAUGAAGACGUGCUAAAAAAUAUUCAACAACUGCUCACUAAAUUGGUCGACCGCAGCGAUUCCCGUCCAGCAUCUCAAGCCUCGGUACGUUCAGAUUCCUGUGAGCGAAUUGUUGUGAAAAGUCCCAUUCCGUUUCCACGUUCCAUUGAGUCGCCCACGGAUCAGACCAAACCAGUUUACGAAGACAUCCGAAAGUUCAUGACAGACAACAUUCAGGAAAUUCUUCCAAGUCUUGUCAGUCAAGUGCAACAGGAGCUCAGCUCUGUGCCUUUCAAAACUGAGAAAUCAUUGGCAGAAGACAUCAAAGAGACGCUGAUGAAUGCACACUACUCGGACGAGGACUACGCACUCAUCCAUAAUUUCCCAUCGAAACGAAUCAUCGAAGCAUCAGACGAUUUUCCGAAUGCGAAUCAAAACAAUCAAUCUAUGCGGCUUCCGUCUGUUCAGGAAGAAGAGAACGAGUAUGCUAACAUUCAGAACUUUUUGAAACGAGCAAUACGAAACGAACGACUGACUUGCGAUUUCGAGCAAUACCGGACGCAAAACUUCAGGUUUGACAGCAGUUCCGACGAGGCUCGGAUGACCGCCGAAUCUACUGACUAUUACGACAUUGUAACCGUGAGCCAGAAGAUACAACAGCUGCUGGACAAACGCACGACAAGCGUUGGGUCAGAGGUUGAUUCCGUCACAUCACAGCAAGAACUGUUGAUGUCGGAUGCAACAUCUGACGAGAGCUCUGCCGAAAAGGAGAUCGUGAAUGCACCUGUGGUUGGAGACGAGACCGUCGUUGAAAAAAGUCUUUCUCAAAACGAAAUAGUAGCUGUUACUACCAUACACGUAGAAUAUGUAGAAGAUAUGAGGCCCGUCGUGGAAAAUAUAGAAAAAGUCGCAGAACCCGCCGAAUCCAGUAAGCAGAUUGAAGAGGUAAGAAACGUUGCGGAAACACUAGCGAAAAUCAAGCAAGAGCUCGCCACAUCAUCCGGAAGGCGUAUUGAUCAUGUUGAAGAUGUAAGAAACGUUGUCGAGAAAUUAGAAAAAAUCAAGCACAUACUCGGUUUGUCACCAGAAAUCAACACUAAAUCUGUUGAUCACGUUGAAGAAGUGAGAAGCACUGUCGAAAAGAUAGAGCAAAUUGAGCAUGAGCUAGAAAUUUCAUCGGACGCAUCUGUUAAACCUAUUGAUGAUCAUGUUGAAGCUGUUGAGAAGCUGGAAAAAAUCGAGCAUGAGCUUGAAGCGCCCCCGGAGAAGUCCGUCAUUUCCAUUGAUCACAUCGAAGAGGUUAGAAAAAUUGUCGAAACAAUAGAAACAAUUGAAACUGAGCUAGAAACGUCAUCCGAUGAGCCUAUCGCUCCUAUUGGUGAAGCUCCAGCAGUGGAGCAUGUUGAAGAUGUCGAACGUGGGAAUGAAUUGUUGCCUGAUGAUUCCAGCAUUGACGAUGUUGAUGAAUCAAAAGAAGUCAUCGAACAAGUUGAAGAAAUUGGGCAUGAGCCACAAGCAGUAUCAGCAGGGGAGUACGUUGAAAACGUUGAAGAGGGCAGUAAAGUAUGGCCCAAUGUUUCCAGUACUGAACAUGUUGAAGACAUCAACCAAUUUGUCGAACAAGAAGUGGAUAUUAGGCAUAAGCCACAAGCAGCAUCAGCUGUAGAGCAUGUUGAAAACGUCGAGCGUGAGAAUACAAUAUUACCCAAUGCUUCCAGUACUGAACAUGUUAAAGAAAUGAACAAAGUUGUCGAACAAAUAGAGGAUAUCAGGCAUGAACCACAAGCAGCAUCAGCUGUAGAGCAUGUCAAAAACGUCGAACAAGAGGAUGAAAUAUCGUCCAAAGCUUCCAGUAUUGAUCAUGUUGAAGAAAUGAGCCAAGCUGUCGAACAAGUAGAGGAUAUUGUGCGUGAGCCGCAAGCAGCAUCAGCUGUUAAGCAUGUUGAAAACGUCGAACGUGAGGAUGAACUAUCGUCCAAUGUUUCCAGUAUUGAGAAUUUUGAAGAAAUAAACAAAGUUGUCGAGAAAGUAAACGAAAUCGGGCAUGAGUCGCAAAUAGCAUCAUUGACUAAGCCUAUCAACCACGUCGAAGAAGUGAGACAUGUUGUUGAGAUAUUAGAGCAAAUUGAGGAUGAACUUCAAAACUCACACGACAGAACAGGAACGCCCAUAAGACAAAUGCAAGGAGAAACGCUAGCUGUAGAGAAAGAUGAAAACAUUGCUCAAGAACUCGAAAUAGAACACGAAUUGGCUGCUUCACAUGAUAAUCUCGUUGAUGAACCAAGAAGGGUUUCCAAGGCCGCGGAGGGAGGUCAUGAACUUAAAAGGGAACAGGAUGAACCGCAGAUCCCACAAACUGAAGAAAAGACAUCAGAAACAAUAAGUAAUGAGCCUCUGAGCGAGGAUCAACUCAACAAUAACCAUCUAAUUGCAGUAACGUCCGAAAACAUAAGCCGCGACAGUACCGAAAAUGCGCAAGAAGCUAUUGAAUCUCCAUCACAUGUCAUAGUUUCUACAAUCUUUGAAAAUGUCCUUAACACAAUCACACCGGAACCAAUUCCUCCAAAAAGUCCGGUAGUUGACCUUUCAACUCAAGUUCUCAACCCCACAACAGAUCACGUAGAAAACGCUGCAACCUCCCCGAAUUUUGCGCAACCGAAUCAAGAACCUCCCACGGAUAACACGGUCGCUCCGCAGCCUUCCAGGCCGUCUAAUAACCUCUCCGAUUUGGUGUUAGACACCAAGCGACUGAUUCAGCAAAUGAAGAAUGAAAUUGCCUCCGAUAUGGCAACGAUGCAAGACGAGGACGAAAUUUACGAUGGCGAUUACUACGAAGAGGAUGAAUAUGACGAAUGGAGCGAUGAAAACAUCGACGAGUGGGAAUCGAACGAGGAGUAUGGUGUUGACGAGAAUGGGGACUUCUACGAGUACGAAGAUGAGGACGACGAAGGUUCGGUUAUGUUCAGUGAAAUCGCACCGGAGGACAUUCGGCACCCAGAAGUACAAGCCGAAGAACGACUAGAGCUCAAUGCAGAUGGAGAGAUCAUCAUAAACAAACCGUACCUGCCAAAGAUUAGCUUGGCAUUGGUGCGGGAAAUUGAACGAAACAGUGCCUCGGAGGUGAGCGAUUUGCCACUAGAUAGCGAUUUCAACGAUGCGCUUAGUGUUAUCGAACAAUCGGUAGGAGAGGUGUCGGAUAUCCUUGACUUUGCAGUGAGAGAUCUGGAAGAGAUUGUUCACUCGGAGUUUGAUGAAACGUCCGGAGCAGAAAUUGUUCAAAACAGUCCAGAGGCUAGUGAGAUGAGUGAGUUGACUCUGGUGGCCGAUGUAAGCGAGGCUACUUUGGUGGCCGAAGAAAACAAAAACGUAAACACCAUGAAAAACGUGCAGUCAUUGCUGAACGCUAAGGCGGUUAUCGGACAAUUUAUCAAGUCGUCGCAAAUUGCUGAGCAUAUGGGGUUGCACGAGGUACAAGGUCCUGAAACUCCGAAUAUAGUUCACGAAUCAACUGCGGCUAAUCUAGAUGGUGAAACAGCAGAAGCAACCCACGUGCUAGAUGCGACUAUUGAAAUGCUGACUUCAGUGGCACGGGAUCUCAGCGAACAACUGCGACAGGUCUCGUCAGUUCCCGAAGUGACGGACGCAGCAUCAGGUACUGCAGAUGAAACGACCAUUCCAGAAUACGCCACUGUGAUCAAAACCAAAACCGGUGGUCUACAAAUUCUCACUGCUGACCAACGAAAUUUCCAGGAAAGUACAGGUUCAGCUAAGACAAACGAUUCUAAAAAUCAAAUGGCAUCAGAAAAGACUAUCGAAGCUGAGCAUUAUGUAGUUGAAGGCUACAGCUUCAUAAAUACUAAUGAAUCACAUUCCCAGAUUGCACCAGAACCUAUCUCAGUACCACCCGACAUUGUUUCAACGCCAAAUAUCGAAUCUCCGCUAGGUAACGCGAUCGGGCAUGUCAGUCAAGUUGCGUCCGGAGUAGAAUCAGAGCGAAAUAAAACCUUGUCGGAAGAACAUUUCGAAGCUAUUGGAACUGGAAUUCCGAUACUACCUCCAUCACAAAUCAUGGAAACAGAAUCUAUUGAUGAUGCACAAAUUAAUGGAACAAUUCAUGUAUCUCAAACCACUCAGCAAAACAAUAAUGUCGAGAAUAACCUCAAACCUUCGACGCCACCGGUAACUUCAGAAGGAGAAAGUGCAAGUAGUAGACAAUCGACAGUUGUGAAUAGUGUGGAAACAAAAAUAACAGGGGAAUCUAUCAACAAUAGUCAAGCAAAUGUUGCUUCCGAUCCAACACAUGGAAGAUCCGUUAGUUCAGAUCCAGCAAACCUUACUAACAUCGAUGCGACCACUACAGAGAAGCUUUCAGCAGUGGAUACUGCCAAUAUAACCAUAUCUUCUGCAAUUGAAAAUAACGCUACUGUUACUGCUGUCAACUCUACCGACCAAAACGAACUAACAUUUUCAAUCACUAACGGUAUCGAAUCAUCGAAUGUUCUCAAUUCAUCCCGUGAACCAUCCGAAGAACCAUCGAGCUUCAUUGAAAUUCAGCCUUCGGAAGUAAUCAUUCAUUCACCAGCGGCUCCAAAAAUACCACCCGAAUCGACGCCAUCUUCUGCAGAGCAGCCAUCAAACAUUUAUGAAAACAUUGAAAUAAUUUCACCCAAACAAGACGAGCCAUCCAAACCGAGCAAACUUUCCCUGAAAAUACCUACCCCGAAGAGUACCCAAAAUAAGAAAACAUUAACUCCACCUACCCCACCAUCGCCCUCCGGCUCGAAAAUCAAUAAAACAGUCAAAACCAAGCCAAAAGUCACCGCAGCCGCCUCAGACACGAAGAAAAAAACGUCCACCGCAUCCGAUUCCUCUAGCCGUAGAAACUCUCUUCGCAAAAACUCGGUGGGCGGUCCGUUCGGUCCCGUACUGACAAACACCGUCAAGAAUAUGCAGAAAGAGUUCCUCAGCAAGACGAACAAUAACUCAUCCAAGACCGCCAUCAGCAGUGCAUCGAAACCAAAGCCAUCCAAACUGGUACAACCGAAGGCAUUCAUUAAUAAUAAGCUUACCAAACCCAUUACAUCCACCCAGCCGAAUGGUGAAGCAGGCAACAAUAAGGCUUCGGGGUCGGAACCUGGAUCGUCCCGCUCAACGCCGGGCCCAAGUUCAAGCAAAGACACCCCAAUCGGAUCACGGGAAGGUUCAGUCACUUCAGAACAGCGACGUAAGCUCCGUAAAAAGUAUCUGGAGACCUGUUUCAGUGAUGACUACAUUACUUCGGAUGAUGACGACGAUCUGACAACGACGACGGUUACGGAUAGCGAGAGUCGAACCAUCAUUCGUUCUUUGGUGAAGCCGUACGAGCCAAGCGAGGAGCCGUUUGAGGUUCAAGCCCGUCGUAUACUGAACGAAGGACACGUUCAAUCAUAUCAGCAAGCGGAGCUGGCAGUCCAGCUCAUUGAGAUGCGCUAUGCGCAUGACAGUGCGAUCUGGGCGGCAGCUCAGUGUCACACUAUCGAGGAAGCCAAAGAUCUACUCCAGAAGGAAUGCGAACUGUGUCUCGGUGUCUACCCGAUGAACGAAAUAAUAUCCAUGCUCAAAUGCACCCAUUCGUGCUGUCUGGACUGCGCUAAGGUUUACUUCACCGAAGAAAUCAUGCACCGUUCCAUCACCAACUGCAACUGUCCGUACUGCAAGGAGCCUGAUCUCAACAACGUCAGCGUCACGGAAGACGAUGUCCUGGAAUACUUCUCUAACCUGGAUAUUCUGCUCAAAAACAUCGUCGACGAAGAAGUGCACGAUCUGUUUCAACGGAAGCUACGUGAUCGCACUCUGAUGCAAGACCCGAACUUCAAGUGGUGCGUAGACUGUUCGUCCGGGUUCUUCGCUCGACCCCGCCAAAAGCGUCUCAUCUGUCCCGAUUGCGGGUCAAUCACGUGUGCGUCCUGUCGCAAGCCCUGGGAGCCCCAGCACGAGGGCAUUUCGUGUGAAAAGUUUGCUGCUUGGAAAGAAGCUAACGAUCCGGAACUACAAGCGCAAGGUGUUGCCCGUCAUCUGCAAGCCCACGGUAUCAGCUGUCCGAACUGCAACUUCAAGUAUUCUUUGUCCCGUGGAGGAUGUAUGCAUUUCACGUGCAUACAGUGCAAAUUUGAGUUUUGCUUUGGCUGUAACAAACCAUUUAUGAUGGGGGCAAAGUGUGACGUUUCACCGUACUGCGCCAAGCUGGGACUGCACGCUCAUCAUCCUAGGAACUGCCUGUUCUAUCUCAGGGACAAAGACCCCCGAGAGCUACAAUCCUUGCUGACGAUGCACAACGUGACCUACGACACCGAACCUUCGGAAAUUUUGAAACAGGAAUACUUACAGAAUGCAAACGCUGCGCAGAGGUGUCCGAUUCCUCUGCAAAAGGAAACUCCGGCCGGUUUGAUGGAUACGAUCUGCAACGGUGACGUUCCGGAAGCGCAUGCCGGGCUGUGCAGAACGCAUUACGUUGAGUAUUUGGUAGGCGCGGUAUCCAAGGCACAGAUUGAUCCUCUGCCAAUCCUGGACCUAACAGAUUGCGUCCAGGAAUUGCGCAGACGGGGAAUGCCACUACCGGAACGCGGGCCCUGGGAUACCGACGAAAUCUACCGCGAAAUGUGCCAGAAGAUCGUCAAGGAACAAAUUCCACUGAACUAGAUUCCACCGCGAGGGAGAGGAUUACAGGAUGAUACACACACAUAUUUCACGUUUAUUCCCCAAAAAAAGUUGAUCAUCAUAAUCAUACAGUUAUCAUUUAUAACAUUAUUUAGGUUUAUUUUGCAUUGAUCAACCAUGGAAGGCACUUUGAGUGGUGUCCAAAGUUGCACACCAUUGUAGUAACCACUCCAUUGCUUCAGUAGUUUGUAGAGAUGGAGGAAAAAUACCAGAACAGAUUUAGUCGAUUCUCAGUUUAGCAGUGUGGAACAAAAACCAAACUUUUCAUUUAGUUUUUACGUUGAUAAGUGUCCAAUAUGGUAUUAAAACUACACAUUACUGAGAACUUCAGUGCAACAUCA